AUGUCCUCGAACAAAGCGUUCGGGGACUUUGUCCUCAUAGACACAGCCUAUAAGCGCUUCACUCACUCGCUGGCUACGGCACUCGCAUACUCUCGACAGUUCAACUUUCGCAGGCUCGAAAGUCCCACCUACGGGCCAUGGGGAAUGGUUUUCCACGAACUGGCCAGUAAAAUCUCUCCACAAGUCAUCUGCAUCCCCCAGUACACAUACACAUCCUCCCCGACUACAAACCCCGCCUCCCAUAACGACUCCAUCAAUACCCUGACCCCCCAGAACUACCAGGAGCGUAUCCCCGACUACGCUCUCGUGUGGCUCGCUGCCGAGCUGAGGAAGGGCAUGAAACAUGCCUUCAAACAGCUUCCAUUAGGCCGCGCGUGGCGUGCUUUUGACAUACCUCUACACGAGCAGGUGCCUCGCGGCUAUAUGGCCAUUCCGAAGGCCGACGACUCGCUAUACGACGACCCAGUGAAUUGGCACCUCCUCAAAGUCACUCACCAACAUACCUUAUCCCUUGGUGAGAUGAAGCGGUCUGCCGGGCGUCGUAAACCGACUGCCAAGAGCUUCUUCGAGGACCUUGGGAGCCUUAUGUUGAAGGGCAUGUUUUGUGCACAGGAACAGGCCGAUCUGGCGUUCGAAGUCGAAGAAGACGAGACGCAGCGGAUUAUCCUCGUGGUGGGUGUGGGAGAGUGGUGGUCUUUCCGCAUUGACUGCAGAGACAAGACUAUCAAGACUGAGGACCUCUAUAAAGGUGAAGAAUAUGCUUUCCUCGAUACUUUGCACAGCAAUUCUUCUCGGACAACAAUCCCUCCACCGGGGCGCGACUCACAGGACUCGCAACGCCCAAAGGCACUCAAUACCGACUUUGUGCUUGCUCGGGGUCACCGAAAGGUCGAUGCACACAGCGAUAUCGCGGCUGACUAUGAUGGUUCUUGGGAUGACGUCGAGGAGCCUGAAGAGGCGUCGGUGGACGUUGGUGAGGAUGAUUUAUCGCUCCUCACCGACUCCGGCCCCGAUAGCGGCGAGUCGGAUGAUGAUUUCGAUGAGGCAAAUCGCAGCUUCUCGGCCUAUUUGAACCUUUUACGAAUUUCGCCUCAACGUCCUACUGGCCAAGGGUCAAAGAAGAAAGGAAGGCCCUCAGCCCCGCCGGUACGAUAUUUGAACAACCUCGCUCAAGGUCGACAUUGGGGGGCGAAACUAGUUUGGAAGCUGCGAGACGCAUUGCCAUAUCCUAAUGUCUGGAGCCGGCCAAUCCUUUGGGGGACCCCUGCAUCUAAUCAGCGAACAUACUUGAUCAAAGAGCUUCUCAAGGUCGAGGCCAAACGCCUGGAGGAGAAGUUCCCAGGAACACCUGUCCCAGAGCAGGACUUUGAUUUCUCAAGUUCGUACGAGAAUUAA